AAGCCCUCUUUGGGGGAAGCGGGUGUGAAAGGGAAGGAUGAGAAACUCCGUUCUUCUGCUCUGCCUCUGGAGAGCCUGUUGUUGCUUUGCCGCGGGAGGCCCCACACCCCCUGGUCCAGAGGGAUGGCUGCAAGAUGAGCUCCACAAAUCCAGUGAUGUACCAGCUGCCGCCAACCCCCCUGUGAGAUUUAACCUCCGCACCUCUGAGGACCCAGACCACGAAGGAUGCCACCUCUCUCUCGGCCACAAGCAGCCCUUAGAAGACUGCGGCUUCAAUGUGACAGCCAAAACUUUUUUCAUCAUUCAUGGAUGGACGAUGAGUGGCAUGUUUGAAAGUUGGCUCUACACACUCGUGUCAGCCCUGCAGACAAGAGAGAAAGGAGCCAACAUCGUGGUGGUGGACUGGCUUCCUCUGGCUCACCAGCUUUACAGAGAUGCAGUCAAUAACACAAGGGAGGUGGGACACAGCAUUGCAAAGAUGCUCGACUGGCUGCAGGGGCAGGAUGACUUUUCUCUCGGGAAUGUUCACUUGAUUGGCUACAGCCUUGGCGCUCACGUGGCUGGAUACGCGGGCAACUUCGUGAAAGGCACUGUGGGCAGAAUCACAGGUCUGGAUCCUGCUGGGCCCAUGUUUGAAGGAGUGGACAUCCACAAGAGGCUGUCCCCUGACGAUGCGGACUUCGUGGAUGUCCUGCACACCUACACGCGCUCCUUUGGCUUGAGUAUUGGGAUUCAGAUGCCUGUGGGUCACAUUGACAUCUACCCCAACGGGGGUGACUUCCAGCCGGGCUGUGGACUCAAUGAUGUCUUGGGGUCAAUUGCAUAUGGAACAAUCGCAGAGGGGGUGAAGUGUGAGCACGAGCGUGCCGUGUACCUCUUUGUCGACUCCCUGGUGAACCAGGACAAGCCGAGCUUCGCGUUCCAGUGCACGGACUCCAACCGCUUCAAAAAGGGCAUCUGUCUCAGUUGCCGGAAGAACCGUUGUAAUAGCAUUGGCUACAACGCCAAGAAAACGAGGAACAAGAGGAACAGCAAAAUGUACCUAAAAACCCGGGCGGGCAUGCCUUUCAGAGUUUAUCAUUAUCAGAUGAAAAUCCACGUCUUCAGCUAUAAGAACGCGGGAGAAAUCGAACCCACCUUUUAUGUCACCCUUUACGGCACCAAUGCAGACUCCCAGAGUCUGCCUUUGGAAAUAGUGGAGCAGAUCGGGCUGAAUGCCACCAACACCUUCCUUGUCUACACUGAGGAGGACCUGGGAGACCUCCUGAAGAUCAAACUCACUUGGGAGGGGACAUUUCAGUCCUGGUACAGCCUGUGGAAGGAGCUUCGCAGCUACCUGACUCAACCCCGCAACUCUGAGCGGGAGCUGAAUGUCAGGCGCAUCCGGGUCAAGUCUGGGGAAACCCAGCGGAAAUUGACUUUUUGCGUAGAAGAUCUUGAGAGCACCCGCAUAGCCCCUGGCCAAGAGCUCUGGUUUCACAAGUGUCGGGAUGGCUGGGGAAUGAAAAACGAAACCAGUCCAACCGUGGAGCAUUCCUGAGGGUGCCAGCAAGGGCCCCCGCCUUCCAAACACAUGGAGGAACGUUACUGCUGAGGACCCACCUGCUGGAAGGACCCCUCUUGACGCUGGAGCCCUGGGAAGAGCCUGCUUGUUGGGCCCAGCACCUGGCCUCCUGUGAUGGCUGGGACUUCUCGCUGGAGCGGACCACGCACUGCUGUUCCUGCUGUUCCUGCUGCUGCUCUAGAAUAGCGCUAACUCCAGAUCUGUGUGCAAACAGCCGAAUGCCAGGCCUCCGUGCACCUCGGGCUGGUUUCUCAGUGACCAGAGGAGCCUGUGCUUCACCUGACAAGGAACCCUGGCCCUGGAGUGGCUCUGUGUGGGAGGCUGUCGGCUGUCUGACCUGACUUGAGUUGUCGUGAGGGGUCUUUCUGCUGGAAGCUGACUCGUGUCAGGAUGGCAGACCUGGGACUUACUCACCCGGGACGGGAGAGUAGGUCUGAGGAGGCCCUUGCUGGUGUUGGGGUUCAAUUGGAUAACCGGCUAAAUGUACUGUUUACCUUUUAGACAUUCCAUCCUGUUCCCCAACUCACUCUCUGAAGCACACAUCAUUGGGUUUCUUAUUUUCCCAUUGCUCCCUUUUUAAUUGGACAGAUGUUUAUUAAGCACUCAAACUUAAUUAGCACGUGGCCGUAGACACAUUAGUAAGUCGCUGCAGACCACUUCCUCAUUUGAAACCCAAGGGGAUUAAGAUGUCUAAACUCCCUUCGAGUUGAGAUGAUCCAUGAAUAUGCAUGUGAUGAAAGGCACACGGGGCACUGGGAAGGCUACAGGAUAUAAGAGUUGAAGACCCUGAGGGUUAAGUGAUUUCGACCUAUUUCUUCUUAGUUAACAUGCAUCCCCUUUAAGCGUGACAUCUUUGAUCACCAGCAGAGUGGUAAGCAGAGUAUCAGAUGUGCUGGGGCCAGAAUGGUGACCAAUGGCCAAAUGUGAUUGCUUCAGAGCAAAACCUCUUCCGUGUAGGAAGUUGGAAGAUAUUACGUAGGUUAUACAUAGCUGUUUAUACAGAAACCAGCACCUGUCAUACACAGCUGGUGCCAAGAUUUAAUUAAUGCAGUGUUUUUUUUCCUCCUUGAAAUACCUUGCUCUCAUAUGAGUAUCUUUUCUGAGUUGAGCAUUGUCAAAAAGCCUCCAAUUCUAGAUCUCGAUUUGAAUUGAUAUACAUGAUAUCUGAGGAACCCUUUUAUAAUUUUCUAAAGAUUUGAACAUGCAUCACUUAAUUAGAGACUCACAACAGGGGGUGAGAAGGGCAGUUACUAUUAUCUCUGUUUUACAAAAACCCAGGCUUAGUGAGGUUUGGCCACAUGCCUAGAACUAUAUACCAAGUUGGUGGUGGAGCCAGGUAAGGACCCAGACCCUCCUGGAGGCAAUGCCCAUGGUAUGGUUAUCAUCUAUGCAACUCCAUCAAGACUUCUACAUCGUUUCCCACCAAUAUGCCCCAGAUAUGACAAACCGGGACUCUUUUUCAGAGCCAUCCAGAAAACCCUAAACCCUUUUAUUGAUAUGUAAGCGGGAGAACGAGAGUGCCAAGUGGUUUGGAUUUUUAUGGAUGAGGUUAAUUUGGAAGGAGAUGUGAUGCCAGGUGGUGGUGGUGAAGAGCAAUCUUCUCUGUGCUUAGGUAUUUAAAGGGCAUUGUUUUAAUCUGUAUUGUGCCAAAGUUGUAUCUUUGUUCAGUGCCAAACCUCUGAAGACAUGACCAGUCAAAUACCUUAAUUCAAGGUAUUUUUUCUCAAUCCAAUGGAAUGCUUUUUCUGUUGCUUCUGUGAUUUCUAGCCAAAGUAGAGUUUGUUAUUGACUGCAUCCUGGUUACUUUCUGCUUCUGCUUUUAGUAACAGAAGCCUUGGGAAUCAAAUCCCCAGUGGGUCCUGUAUUUAUACAUUUGGCUUGAAGCCUUAUUUGUACAUAAUGAUGCUUUUUUUUUUUAAUGCUUACAAUACUAUUUAUUUCUCAAGUGUAUAUAAUGUAUAAAAACAAAUAUAUGGUUAGUUUUUACUUUAUGAUUAACCCAUUUCAAGAUUAAAAAUUGUUAAUAGUGAAAUAAUAAAA